CCUUCGAGGACCGGAGCGUGCGGGUGCUGUGCUGCCGGUUCUGCCGGCAGGUGCUGAGCUCCCGGGGGAUGCAGGCGGUGCUGCUGGCGGACACCGACACCGAUCUCUACUCCACCGACAUCCCGCCCUCGGGAACCGUGGAUUUCAUCGGGAGCUGCUACUUCACAGAAAUCUGCAAAUGCAAACUGAAGAACAUCGCCUGCUUGAAGUGCGGGAAUGUCGUUGGCUACCACGUGAUCCAUCCCUGCAAGCCCUGCCUGCUGUCCUGCAACAACGGCCACCUCUGGAUGUUCCACAGCCAGGCUGUGCUGGGCAUCAACAGGCUGGACCCUUCUGGUGUGAAUGUUUUGCUCUGGGGCAAUUUGCCAGAUUUGGAGGAGGGUUCAGAAGAAGACACAUCCUGCACCUCUGAGGAGGAAUAYAUCAGAUAAAUUCACCUUCCUCCUUGGUUUGGAUUUAUUUAAUUCCACCUGAUGAACCAUCAGAGCUUAAAAAACAGAAAAAAUUSAGAACAACCCUAAAAAUCUUCCUCUUUUAUUGUUUGGACUCCUGGAUGUGCAUCUCCUGAGCAAAGAUACACCUUGGAAAUGCAAAAGUGCAUUUGCUGAGAUCUAUUUUGCUUUUUACUCUUAAACCUCACAGCUGAUAAUCCUCCUUUUCUUCUUCCCUAAAGCACUUUGCACAGAGCAAAAUCUCCAGGCUGCUUUUGGUUUGGAAAAUCUUUGGGAAUAAUCAGAGCUCAGCAGAGCUGAGUUUAAAAAAGAUUAAAGUUUAGGUGCUCUGGCUCUGUGAUCUCUUGCCUUUUGUAUUUUUUCUGCAUCUCAGGAUGCUCCUAAAUAUCCCCUGGGGAGUUUCUUAGAGCCUUCCCAUUUUUAUUUUUCAUUCCUUUCAGGAUUUUGUCUCCACAGAGAUCAAGUUUGGGUUUUUUUCUCCCUGGUAAAAGCUAAAUUCUGAAUUUUCUUAGCAGAACUUCAAGGUCACACUGGAGCUUUUCUUCAGGGCAGCAAUAAAACCCAUCCACUUUAAUUAUAUUCUUUCCCUUCUCCAAAAUACAACUCAGGCAUGAAAUUUGGUCUUUAUAGAGCAAAAUAAAAAAAAUCAAGUCAAAUAUUUGGUGUUCAGGCCUAACUUUCCAUCCCAAGGUGCACAGGUUUUGCUUCCUGUAGAUAAUUAAUUAAAAACUCAUUUUCUGAGCUGUUAACAAACCAUAAUAUUUAAUUUCUGAGCUAAGUCCCCUUCAGCUACUCACCUGAAGGGCCACCAAUAAAAAAAAAAAAAUCGAGAUAAAAUCAUAUGAGAGAACAGAGGCCACUUUUAAAUUUGGGUUAACACUGAAUAAACCCCCCCGUGGCCCCUUGUGAUCCUUGAAAGGGGUGCAAUGGAGACAGACCUGAAUUUUCUUAAUUAAAUAUUAAUUAAAUAUUUCUUAAUCAACAGCACUACCUCUUCUGCAUUGUUUAAAUGUACAUUGGUGUAUUUUUGUGUGCGUGUCUUGUUUUCAAUUCCUGUGUUGUGUCUGCUUGGAAAAUAAAAGCUUUGGACUCGGGAAUCUUCAGGGCUGUCAUAAAUAUGGAUAAAUAGAAAUAUAAAUAUGGAUAUCAGAAAAUCCAAACAGURAAACAGCAGCUUGUAUUAAAAGAGUGGGAUGAGUAGGUUUUGAGUGUUAUGAAUUUGGUUUCGACAACCUAAAAAUAAAAUCAUUUCAGGUUGAGAAACCUGACAGUUUCUCAGUGUGAGUUAACUCUUCCCUAAUUCAAUAUUUCAA